AUGGUUUUGGGUUGGUUUGAAGAUUAUAAAGCGGCUCAUAUGACCCCCCGUUUGGGUUUGGUUAGUAGGUCGGUUUCUAAGUGGAAGAAACCCCCAGUAGGCUUUGUGAAAUUGAAUGUUGACGCUAGCUAUGAUCACACGUCGUGUCGGGCAGGCUUAGGUGGGGUGUUCCGCCACCAUAACAGGGCGUUUCUCCAUGGAUUUCGGCACAUUAUUAUAACUGCUAACUCGGCUCGACAUGCGGAACUUCUAGCUUUGGUGUUGGGAGUGCAGCUCGCUAUUGAUCAUUCUCUUACACCUUUAAUAGUGGAGACUGACUGCUUGGAUCUGGUGUCUGCACUUUCCUCUUCCUCGCUGGACUUUUCGGACUUGGGAUUUCUGUUGGCCGACCUGCGGAUCUUGUUGCACGAAGCACAGGGAGCUCGGGUCGUUUAG